GUGAAUAUGAUGAGGAUAUUGAUAUUUUUAUUAGUCAAUUAUCGUCAUAUUUAGCUACCAAUCAGGAUCAAGCAUUUGGUAUUCUUAGAGGGUGUCUACAUGGGCGAGCAUUAGAAUGGUUUGAUCAAAAAAUUCUUGGUAAACAAUGGGAACUUUACAAUAUUUUUGCAAAUCAUAGCCAGGCUGGUAUGGGUGCUCUUCAGGGGCGCACUAUGGCACAGAUGAAUACUAGUAAUAGCUUUAGAAAUCCUUCAAUUGCCUAUGACUAUGCAAAUACUGCUGGUAAUAAUGCAAUAACCGUAGGUGUUUCUAUAAUUCUAGCUAAAGCUUUUACUAAAGAUUGGCACUUAGCUGGAGGAUGUCUAUCGGAUAAACCUGCUAAUACUGUUAAUGCAGUAAUAAGUGAAAAGCGUAAUUUAGUUUAUAGAUCAUUAGCUCAGGGGGGUGAACCUAUAGGAGACUUUUACUCAAAACUCUUAAAAUAUGAAAAAAUGCUUAAUCUUGAUGAGCAACAGAUUAAAAGACAAUUUCUAAAAGGUUUGUCUCCAAACUUGGAGGAUGAUGCGGAAUGCAUUG